AAACAAAACUUUUGUCAAGUUGCAUGUGGAAAACAAGACCCUUUACAAGUUAUACAUCCUUUAAGUUGAACUCAAAGUCUUAACCUUUCUUCAUCUUUUUCAAAAACCCAAUAAACACUGACCAUUUUUCUUUAAUCUUGACAAUAGUACAUGUAAAAUUCGGUGUUUUUUGAACUGGGGUUUGCUUGUUUUUUGUGGGUUUAGACUUUAGAGCAAGAAGAUUGAUUGUGCAUUAAAAUGGAGGAGAAAUAUGAGCCAUUGAAAGAGCUUGGUUCGGGGAACUUUGGAGUGGCGAGACUGGUUAGAGAUAAGAAGACUAAGGAGUUGCUUGCAGUCAAAUACAUUGAAAGAGGAUCAAAGAUUGAUGAAAAUGUUCAAAGGGAAAUCAUCAAUCACAGACUACUUAGGCAUCCAAACAUCAUUAGAUUCAAGGAGGUUUUAUUAACUCCAACACAUCUAGCUAUAGUGAUGGAAUAUGCAGCUGGUGGUGAACUCUUUUUAAAGAUAUGCAGUGCUGGCAGAUUUAGCGAAGACGAGGCUCGGUUUUUCUUCCAACAACUUAUAUCGGGGGUCAGCUACUGUCAUUCAAUGGAAAUUUGUCACAGAGAUCUGAAGCUUGAGAACACUCUCUUAGAUGGAAGCCGAACCCCGCGUGUCAAGAUUUGUGAUUUUGGUUAUUCAAAGUCUGGUUUAUUGCACUCUCAACCAAAAUCGACAGUGGGAACACCGGCAUACAUUGCCCCUGAGGUUCUAUCUUGUAAAGAAUAUGACGGCAAGAUCGCAGAUGUUUGGUCUUGUGGGGUGACUCUUUAUGUCAUGCUUGUCGGAGCUUACCCUUUUGAGGAUUCCCGAGACCCUCGAAAUUUUCGUAACACUAUUGGGAGAAUCAUGAGCGCUCAGUACUCGAUACCUGAUUACGUACGCAUUUCCAAAGAUUGUAGACACCUCCUUUCUCAUAUCUUUGUUGCUAACCCGUCUAAGAGGAUUCCCAUAGCAGAAAUCAAGAAACACCCAUGGUUUAGAAAAAGCAUGCCAAAGGAGCUUGUGGAAGGCGAGAAAACAAAUUACGAGAAUACAAGCCGCGAUCAAUCGCUUCAAAGUGUUGGUGAGAUCAAUAGGAUUAUUCAAGAGGCUAAAACGCGAGGAGAAGGGUCCACCGCGAAUGGAGAAACUGUCAUCGGCGACGGGUCAUUAGAUCGAGAGAAUGAUUUGGAGGAUAAGGAUGAAUUUAGUGGAGAUUAUGCAGGCCAAGUUUGAUGGUUUAGUAUGUUAUGAUUUGUGUUAUUUUAGUUGUGUUAUGGGGUUUGCUAAUGUUAUGUUUCUUGUUGUAUUAAUGGUUUAAAUGUUUUUUUCACAUAAUUUACCUAGUUUGUAUGGAGUGAAUUUUAGUUUAAGAUCUUUUUGACGCGUAA